UGCAGUACUGCAAAAAAAAAAAAGAAAACAAAAAACAAAAAAACACUUUCGCCAAUUCACUAGUCAGAUCCCACUGCAAGUCGCGACACAUUGUUCUGGAACGAAGAUGAAGGUUAUCGCCGCCUAUCUCCUCGCUGUUCUCGGGGGCAACACUUCCCCUUCCGCCGGCGACAUCAAGGACAUCCUCGGCUGCGUUGGAGCUGAAGCUGAUGAUGAAAGCAUAACGCUUCUUUUGUCUGAAGUGAAAGGCAAAGACAUAACAGAGGUCAUUGCCGCCGGUAGGGAAAAGCUUGCUUCGGUGCCUGCCGGUGGUGGCGGUGCUGUGGCCGUUGCCGCUGCUCCUAGCGGAGGUGCUGCUGCUCCCUCAGCCUCCGAGUCAAAGAAAGAGGAGAAGGUUGAAGAGAAGGAAGAAUCAGAUGAUGAUAUGGGAUUCAGUCUCUUUGACUAAGUGGUUAGUUCUUCAACUUUUAUUCCCGGGAAAGAUUGUCAAUCUAGAGCAUCUUAGUUUUAGUUAAUUGUUGUGAUAUAUGUUGGAAGAAUUUGGUUUGAUAUUUUUAUCGACUUUAUUGAUGUUAUGGAACUUCAAUUUGGAAAUCACAGAAUGAGUUUAUUUC